UCGGCGCUCUUCCCGUCGCGCCUGGCAAACGAGGCGAGCCUUCACACAGCCGGCGCAGUCGCGGCCCUGAGCAGGCGAAGCGGACGGAGCAGGCGGAGAGAUGGCGUCCCAGCCGCCGCCGCCCCCGAAACCCUGGGAGACCCGCCGCAUUCCCGGGGCCGGCUCCGGCCCGGGGCCAGGCCCCGGCCCCACUUUCCAAUCUGCUGACUUGGGCCCUACUUUAUUGACGAGACCUGGACAACCAACACUUACCAGAGUGCCCCCACCUAUUCUUCCCAGGCCAUCCCAGCAGACGGGGAGCAGCAGCGUCAACACUUUCAGACCUGCUUACAGUUCUUUCUCUUCUGGAUACGGAGCCUAUGGAAAUUCAUUUUAUGGAAACUAUAGCCCUUACAGUUAUGGAUAUAACGGUUUGGGCUUUAACCGCCUCCAUGUAGACGAUCUUCCACCCAGUCGGUUUGUUCAGCAAGCUGAAGAAAGCAGCAGAGGCGCAUUUCAGUCCAUUGAGAGCAUUGUGCACGCAUUCGCCUCUGUCAGCAUGAUGAUGGACGCCACCUUCUCAGCUGUCUAUAACAGUUUCAGGGCUGUCUUGGAUGUAGCAAAUCACUUUUCCCGGUUAAAAAUACACUUUACAAAGGUUUUUUCCGCCUUCGCGUUAGUUAGGACUAUAAGAUACCUGUAUAGACGGUUGCAGUGGAUGAUGGGUUUAAGGAGAGGCUCUGAGAAUGAGGACCUGUGGGCAGAAAGUGAAAGAACUGUGGCCUGCCUUGGUGCCGAGGACCAAGCAGCCACCUCAGCGAAAUCCUGGCCAAUAUUCCUGUUCUUUGCUGUUAUCCUUGGUGGUCCCUAUCUCAUCUGGAAACUUCUGUCUACACACAGUGAUGAAGUAACAGACAUCAACUGGGCAAGUGGUGAGGAUGACCAUGUAGUUGCUAGAGCAGAAUAUGAUUUUAAUGCCACGUCUGAUGAAGAAAUUUCUUUCCGUGCUGGUGAUAUGCUAAAUUUAGCCCUCAAAGAGCGACAGCCCAAAGUGCGUGGUUGGCUUCUUGCUAGUCUUGAUGGUCAAACUACAGGACUGAUACCUGCAAAUUAUGUCAAAAUCCUGGGCAAAAGAAGAGGCAGAAAAACAAGAGAAUCCAGUAAAAUACUCAAGCAGCAACAGUCUGUUACCAACCCAACAUUAAUUAAAGGAGUCACUACUGCCAACUCUUUGGAUGAACAGGAAGCUGCCUUUGAAUCUGUUUUUGUUGAAACUAAUAAGGUUCCAGGUGCACCUGAUUCUACAGAGAAAAAUGGAGAGAAACAAGAUCUUUGAUAUCUUUCAUGUUUUCGUGCAGGUGAACAAUACUUUAGAGUACUUUUAAAAAUUAUUUCUUACAGAGAAAUUAAUUUGCAGUUGAAUGAAAGCAUUUGCUCAUGGCUGUCCAGGCAUUUUGCUGCUAGAAGUUACUUAGUCACACACUAAUAUGCUGGUCUAGUGAUCUGGCUACACUUGGCCAUUUAUUGGACUGUGAGGACAUUUGUUUCACCUAGCUUUUAGAUUAUGGAGAUGGUUGUCAGUUUCAUCUUAUCUAAAUCCCUAGGCUUAUUGGAACAGUAAAUUUGAUGAACAGUGGAAUACACAAGUUGCCUCAGAAGGGAUCAUUAAUGCUUUUUAAAGUUCUGAGUUAAUUGAUUUGAAGUCUUCAAAAAUUGAGUGAUAACAUCUACUUACAAGAACAGGCGAAAAGGCUGAAUUUUUAUAACCUUUUAAGUAAACUAAAUAAAAUUUUCUGAUCUGUAUUAUGUCCAGUGUUGGAUUUACUUUAGGUGAUAUGUUUCUACCUGCAAAAAAUUGAUCCUAUUAUCUUUUAGUAUUUAUAAAAUUUACUGUUAAAAGGUCACUGGGAGUACUCUAAUGGAGAUGGUUCUAGAAUGAGGGUCUCUUAAUCUCUACAGUGUAACUAGUUUCCAUCCUGAGUAACGUCAGAAUAUAUACAGUUUAUUUCUUUUCCUCCAACUAAGAUGUAAGUCCUUUAAUAGUGCACUUAGUGAUACAAUCAGUUCUGGCAGUAAUGAUUUUUAAUCUUCAUGAAUUUUCUUCUUCAACAUAGGAAAAUUAUUUUUAUAAAUUCCAUAAUCAGGAUAUGCUUUAAACAUUGAAAAUGUGUCACACUGGGUAGAUUUCUUUUAGAUUUAGUUUUCACUACUGAGACUAAAUAAUUCGCUUGCUAUUUCAAAUAUAUUAUUUGACCUUUUUUUUUUUGGCUUAAUGAUUUAGUGUGUUUCAUACAGUUUCCCCACAAAAUUGGAAUGUUCUUACCCUUGCUGUGAACAGACUACAAAUUAAUACUGUCAGAAAUAUACACAAGAAUAUAUUUACAAAUACUGCUAAAAACUGUGGUUUUGGUAAGUGAUUUGUGUUUUUACCUUUCAUACAGAUGUGUUUACCAAAUAAGUAAUUCUAGAGCAGUUCAUAUUAAGCCAUAUCUAACCCAAUAUGUACUAGGCACAGAAGAACUAGACUUCUUGAGAAGGCCUGUUUGAAAUGACAGUAUAAUAAGUGACAUGUCCUUUUAUCUCUCUCGAGAGAGGUGAGUCUUCAUGGUACUUGUUUAUCUCAGGCCUGUCUUCUGACACUGAGUUGGUAGCCUUCCACUCUACCACUGAACUGUGUCCCUAGCUCUCAAAACAAAUAUGAACUUCAGUCUUGAGAUGUCUAACUGCUCGAAUGUCUAAAUGUUACUCUAGACAUCUAGAUUAAAUAAUAGUAAUAAAAUAGAAAUGAAAUGUUGAGUCGGCACUAUUUAGAUUUUUUUUCUUUAGAAGAUGAGCUUUUUUUUUUUUUUUUUUUUUUUUCAGUUUUUCGAGACAGGGUUUCUCUGUGUAGCUUUGCGCCUUUCCUGGAACUCACUUGGUAGUCCAGGCUGGCCUCGAACUCACAGAGAUCCUCCUGGCUCUGCCUCCCGAAGAAGAUGAGCUUUAAGGUAGGAUUUGUGACUGAUAGCUGUAUAGGAAAGAGAGCUUAGGCAAAUAAAUGACAGAAGCACAUUUCUCUUAGGGUCUUUAUUGUGUGCUGACUAUACUAGAUUACGGUAUUAACCUGAUAGCUACUUGUGUCCAUUUUUAUUAAAAUUGUAUAAAAGCAACUGUAGGACUAGAAAGGCAGAAAAAUUUUGCAGCCUUUUUUUUUUUUAAUCACAGCAGACUUAGAGUAAUUUUUAGAGAAGAUGGAAUGUACUGGUCACAGCUCCAAUAUUAUUAAUUUAGGGGUUUCUUUAAGUAGUGCUUCCUCACAAGAAACUCCAUUUUCAAUUAACUAAAUCACAAGUUACAGUAAGAAAAGAAGCCUCCAAUUUUUUCACUGUAGUUUGUCAGCUCGGAAAGAAAAUGAUACAAGGACUGUAAAUGUUUUCAUGAUCUUCUUCAGGGACUUGACCCAAUCUGUCAGUCUAACACAAUUAUUCACUUCCCUGAGUACAGCUGAGGUUGAUUUUGUGUUUUCUUUAAUGGAAAAAGGAACAAAUUACAAUUAAGUUUUUAUUUUUAAUAGACUGUGAAAAUACUUUUACUGGAAAAAUAAAAAUAUUUUAAACUUAA